AUGGCCGAUAAGUGCAGCCCCAACGACCGCACCCUCAACUCCCGCGUCUCCAAGACACACAUCACCUACCUGUCUGUUCAUACCCAUCGCGAGCCACAUCCAGCUGUCCGAACGACGAAGAAGCGCGAUAAGACACCUCGCCGAAUAGACGUCCACCCCCCUCCCCUUACCAGCUCAAGCUCGAUGCACAAACACUUCGACAUUCGCUUCGCGCGACAUAAGUCCACCUGGCGGUCCAUAGCACACGGCUUUGUGGAGCAGCAACAAGAAAAGUUGAGGGAUGCGGAAGAGGAUGAGAUGGAGUGCGAAUACGAUACUAUGGACCAACUGGCCGCGUUUGAGGCGAGCGGUGGGGUGUUUGGUAGUCCGCCUGCCUCUGCCGCGUCGUCGCCCUCGUCGUCUCCAAGUAGUGAUACUACUGGAAGUUUGGCUGGGUCUUGGAGCACCGCGUCGUCCUUCAGUGCGAGUACGCUCGCCAGUUCACUGGCAUCACAGCCCAGCGUGGCGGCAUUCAAUGCUGCUACAAGCAGCUCAAGCGCAGACAACAGCGGAAUGUCCUCGCCAGAGGUCGACAUGAUCGAUGCUUCCGACGAGUAUGAAAGCCAUGUCGCCGCCGCGCCCACAGUUGUCACAACUCCCACACCCGCACCACCACCCUCGCAGCCGCCACAUCCCGUGACCACGGCCCCCAUCGCCGCGGUCAACCCACCCCUCUUCUCAGGCUUAGGCUACCUACCAUCCAAACCCCUACCAACCGAAAAGGCGACAAUAAUAGCCAAACUCCCUUCCAAACCGCGCUUAAAAACACCCUCUCCCUCUCUACCCCCCAAAUCCGCAUCUAAACCCGACGUCGAACUAGGCAUGGGCUCCUUCUCCGCCUCAAAAAUCACCAAUUCCGCCGCCCUCGUCUCCGCGUUCUGUAACCCACAUUUCAAGCAGUUCUUCUCGGAUGAGAUGAAAGCGCUACAAACCUGCUUACUGAAGAAACAAAAGGGAAUUUGUGGAUCUGAUCUGGUUUAUCUUAAUAGGUCGCUAAAGUGGGUCAUCGAUGCCGCGGAGGCAAAGUGGUUUCAUCCAGACAUUGACUUUGAGAGCGAUGAUGUGGCGGAUUGGAGGGGGAAGUUGAAUGUUUUUAUGGAGGUUUUGGGGGGUGAGGUGGUUGGGGUUGCGAAGGAUACGAAGGAGAGGAUUGAGAAGGUGUUUGGGUUGUUUGCUGAUGAGGAGGGGGUUAAUGAGGGGUUUGGAGAGGAGGCGGGAUGA